AUGUCGUCGAUAUUUGGCUCAUCUAAUCAGUCAUCUGAAAAUAGAUUCUCGAAUCUGAUGGUGAAUUUCCCACAACAACAGCAACAACAGAAUCAAACGAACUCAUCUAUUCCUUCAUCUCAAGAGCAGGCUCGUGCACAGUCAUUGAUGAUAUCUGAUGGAACAAAUCAAUCAUUUCAACAGCCAUUAGAUGAGAAUAAGCCUUCGUGGUUCAACAAUCCUCGUAAGAGAACAAUUCCUCAAGCAAUAGUAAAACGCUCUACAAAGCCAAGCUCUUCUGACACUUCGUCAACGAACGGAAACUCUACGAGUUCUUCCACCACACGAAGUGGCUUUGGAGCCAUCACAUUUGGAUCAAGAAAAUCAGCAAAUGUUUUCAAUCCUGCUAAUCCCAAAGCGGAUGGUAGUGACUCCUUGGCCUCAAGCAUCCUAAUUGAUUCCAAUGAAGCUCCACCAACGAAGACUCUGUAUGAUUGGCAGCGUGAGGACGAAUUUGGAUCUACAGUGCCAUUACACCACCCGGAUGAUAUUGUCAAAAACACUACAUUCGGCUUAAACAGAACAGCAGAACCCACUAUGCGAAAUGUUUUUGAUAAAACGGAUACUGUUUUACCUAGUACUCACGAAGCAAACCAAAAGAAGCAGGCUACAGCAAGCUCUGCAAAUUCGGGAAAUGAAAGCGCAGUACUUGUUUUUGGGUAUCCAGAGUCCAUCUCUAAUCAGGUCAUCAUACAUUUCUCAAAAUUCGGUAAUAUUUUGGAAGACUUCGAGGUUUUACGAGGCGCCUCCGGCAUCAAUGCAGCCACCUUGCGAUUACGCCGUAAGCAUGCGAAUGAUAACAAGAUCCACAGGAAAUAUCCUAUUUUCACAGGCGACGGCUGGAUAAAGCUUACUUACGACUCACCCUCCUCAGCCCUGCGUGCCCUUCAGGAAAAUGGUAUUGUAUAUGGUGGGUGUUUGAUUGGUUGUGUUCCUUAUAGCAAAAACGCCGUCGAACAAUUGGCUUCUUGUAAAAUCGACAAAACUGAGGAUAUUGGAGCGACCAACUUCUCUACGCCCCUAGCACUACCCACCUCAAUAAACGGGUUUUCUGGCGGGAAACAAGAGGACAAUGGGAAUGAACCAUCACUAAUGGAGGCAGCAAACACUUCUGAUCAAAAGAGAUUCAAUCUCUCAACUCAGCAUUUGGACAUAAAAGACGGAAAAACUCUUUUUGUUACCAACGUCAACAAUUCUGGCAAUAAUCAAAACUUUCUAAAGACUUUAGAGGAGAAAAUGAAGGAGCAAAAUGACGGAAAACAUAAAAGUAAUGGCGUUUUAGGGGUUGUAAACAAUUGGCUUUUUGGCUGGAAUGAUCUAUGA